AUGGUGGCGGCCUUCUCUGCCGGGUCAUCGGUGCAGGACUUCGCAGUUUCCAUGGUCAGCCGGGCUAUGAGCAUGGCUGGGAAGGUGGAAGCUGGAGCAACCACGGCCACCAUGGAGAUGGUCACCACGGCCGCCAUGAGCCCCAUGGACAUCAUGGCCAUGGCCACCAAGGUGGCCACCAAGGUGGCUACCACGGUGACUACCAGGGUGGCUACCACGGUGACUACCAGGGGUGGCUACCACGGUGGCUACCAGGAUGGCUACCAGGGUGGCUACCAGGAUGGCUACCAGGAGGAUGAUGGACACCGUUACGAUGAGACGAUGGGGGAUGCAAAGACCAUUGGGCCCAAGGAAGAAGGUGCCGAGCCAAGACAAGGUGUGCCGCCCCAGGCUGGGCCUGUUGAGGCGCUGGAGGAGCCGGUGCCGGCGGCGGGCGAAGACUUGCCGCCGCCGGAAGAGGAGGCGCCUGAGGAGGUGGCACCUGUGGAGACCAACGAGGUGGAGCAGCAAACUGAGGCGCCCGACGAGCAAACUGAGGCGCCCGACGAGCUUUCGGGUCCUCCGCUGAUGCUGGUGAACAGCGAAGGGCAGAACUUGCUUGCCAAGGAGAAGACGAGGCAGCUCAUCAACAAAGUGAAUCUCCUCUCAAAGUCCUUGCAGGCCGUGUGCGAAGCGAAGAGAGACGAAGAGGAUCUGCCCCCCAUGGAAGAGGAGAUGCGCGAGAUCUGCCGCGUGCGGGAGGGCGACGAGUUCGACGAUCACUUUGGCUAUGGCGCGCCGCCGGGGGAGGCAGACUAUUAUGGCGAGCACGGCGACCAUGGAUGGGGCCACGACCAGUGGGGCCACGACCAGUGGGGCCACGACCAGUGGGGCCACGGUGAGUAUGGCGGACACGGACCCACUGCACCGGGUGCAUCUCGGAGCGACAGAGAGCGAUCGGUGCGACAGCGAGCACUCGUGCACUCGCACGGGCGCUUGGCGCUUCCAAGCCACGGUGGUGGUCUCUCUUCCUCUGGAGAUGCCGAGCCGACGGAGAAGACACCUCGAGUUUCUCUGAGCCGUCGGAGCUCCGUGCCCAGUUCGGCCGAAGGGGGAGGUGCGGAGGUGCUGGUGGUGGUUCCACGUUGGAAGUCGAAGGUGGUUUGGAAGUCGAAGGACACGGGCGAUGCCGAACGCAUCGACUUUUCCACGACCUUAGUCAACCGGGUCUCUUCAGAUGAGGAGGUGGUGCAAGGAACCAUCAGUCUCAAUGGGACGAUCACACCUGAGUCCGUCAGUAAACUGAACUGGGCGGCCCAGAAUGCGCUCGUCCAAGCCUGCGGACAUGGCUCCAAGGUCAUCGCCAAUGCAGUGCUGCAGCUCUCCUGGGUCACCCGGCGAGGUGUCGACAUCAAGUUUUUCGUGCUGCCCCGCCUUGGAGGAGGCGGCGACUGCGCCCGCACGCUGGUGGAGGGCUCGGCGGGGGCCUUUGAGCCGCCGUUUCAGGUCUCCGGUGCCCUGCGGAAACCCAUCUUCCGCAACAUGAUCCAGAACGAGCUGGAACUCUUGGGCUUUGGUGCUCUGAUGUCCGACAUGUACCUGCGCUUGUGGCGGAUCACCUGCGACGUUCAGCCCGUUUGGAGGAAUGGGAACUCUCUGACUGAGCAGAACCCAGUGACCAUUUGUGGCACCUAUGCGAGUGGCUGGGAGGUCUACUUCGAGCCCAGCAUCACUGAGCCCGCCACCGCGGUGGGCGUCUCCUUGGGCUAUUCGGCCGGCAACACGGGCAGCGUCGCGCAGCAGUUCUCGGACAAGUGCAUGGUGGCGAACUCGCCCUGCUUUUGCUCCUCGAUGUCCAGUUGUGGUUGGCGGCGAAAGGAGGAUGGUGUGGGCAUGCACUGCAAGACCUUGGACAGUAGUGACACCGCCACGCCGGUGACGUGUGACGCUUGCGCGCAACAGCCGGGCUGUCCGCCCAGCUGCAGCUCGGCGUCCUAUCCCUGCCACUGUGCCUCGAUCGAGGCCACCUGCCGUUGGGACGUCACGACGGGCGUGUGCUUGGAGGGGCCAGCGCCCAAUGGCGAGGACGUGCCUUGCAGCUCCUGUUCCCUACAGGACAGGUGCCAGGCGCUGCGCCCGCGGGCCUUGGAGUUCCGCCCGAACAGCAUCUUCGCGCUGACCCGCGAGGGGCCGAAGUCGCUCAUCGAGGUGGACUUCAACGUCGCCUUGGCCCUCCCGGCCGUGGCCGCGCGCGCGGCGGCGCGCUUCCUCUGCGGCACCGAUGGCUUUGAUCCCUUGGCGAAUUCGCUGCAACUGCUGGAGUAUGUGGUCCCUCCUGAGGCGCUCUUGGUGGAGGGAAGGACCUUGAAGUUGGCCUCGGGCACCGUUCAGGUGGUCGAACCCACAAGGUGCACGCUGAUCCUCAGCGGCGGAGUGGUCUCCAGCCGUGAUGAUGGCUUGCCGUCCCAGCCGGUGGAGUUUGGUGAGUACUACUUCAACAUGAAGGACUCGGUGCCGCCGCAGGUCGCCGCCUUUUGGCCAUCGAACGGUGCGGGCAGCGUGCCCACCGUAACGCAGUGGAUCACCAUCAGCUUCAGCGAGAGGAUUCGCGCCACGGAGAGCUUCGAGGCGCUCCUGACGCGCACCGACGUGAUGGGCGAGCCUGCCGAUCCGCCCGUGGCGGUGAGCUUGCACAGCGUCCACCAGCGGACCAUGACCUUGGCGAUCCAAGGCUUGCUGGGGCCUGGGCGAUUCUACCAGCUCACCAUCUCUGACAAAUCGAUCAUCGACUAUGGCAGCCUGGCCUUUGAGGGGAUCACUGCUGGUGCCUACAAGUUCAAGACGGAAGGCACCUAUGAGGAGGUCCAAGUCAUCGAAGCGCCCGCGGAAAGUUUGCCGGGCGCCGCCAUCGCAGGAAUCGUGGGUGGCGCUGUGGUGUUGCUACUCACGGCGCUGUUCUUGUGCUACCGGGGCUACAUCGCAGCCUCGGAAAAGGAUGAUUUGGUGCAUGUCAUCGAGCAGGACGAUAAUAACAAGAAAAAGAAUAAGAAGGAAAAGAGCAACGAGCCGCCCGCGAUCUUUGGUUCGGAUGCCAUCCGCGACAUGCAGAUCGACCAGCUCCCCGAAACGCCGGACAACAGGAAGCAGGGUGCCGUGCUGUUUGCCUUCGACGAGGACGGAGAGGACCCGCUGCGGAAGGCGGCUGCAAUGGAGGAGGGCACCACGCGCACGAAUCGGCGCGUCUCAAGGGCAAGCCUCCGGGCGGAGGCCUUUGCCGAAGCCCAUCCAGAGCUCUCACAAGGCCUUCCAGGACGGCCCUCGGUGGCCAGCAAUCAGCCCACCAACGAACGACACGGCCACCAUCACAGCAACGAGCGCUCCGGCCGCCAUGGCAGCAACGAGCACUCCGGACGCCAUGGCAGCAACGAGCGCUCCGGACACCACAGCAACGAGCGCGGCAGCAACGAGCGCUCCGGACACCAUGGCAGCAACGAGCGCUCCGGACACCACAGCAACGAGCGGAGCAAUCGGCCCUCGCAUGGGAGGCAUUCGGUGCACAGCAAUCAGGUACCGGAGGACGUGCGGCCUCCGACCUCCUCCAAAAAGGAGGAACCCAAGAAGGAGCCCCCCAAGAUGAAGCCGGGCUUUUUUCUGGGCGCCUGGGAUGGCUGA